UUAUCUUUUGUGAAACCUCCAAAAAUCGAUUAAAGCAGAAACCGGUAAAAGCGCACGCGUCGUGCAGAAGUUAUGUACAUAUCAGCUGCAUUCUAUAAGCUGCAUUGAUAACGCUGUAUUGAAAAAUCAGUGUUAUUUUAUUAUCGAAAGUCUUCCAAUGAAAUAUUAUUUGAAUCAUAUUUAAUGGCUCGUAAUAAUCGCACAAAGGUAUAUCUUGGUUACGAAGAUGAUUAUGUGACAGACAAGCAUCGUAAUCUCAUUAAUUUUACAACUAAUAAAAUUGGUGGAUUUCCAGACUGGCAUGGAAAGAACACACUGUCAUCACCACAGUGUAGACUUUGCGGCUUACACCAACUCUUGGCUCUACAAUUGUAUGCUCCACUAGAAAAUUCAAAAUACCAUCGCACACUUUAUAUAUUUGCAUGUAUCAAUCCAAAUUGUUGGAAUCACAAUGAAAGUUGGACUUGUUUGAGAAUUCAAUCCUUGGAGAACGAAAGUAAAACACAUCCAUCCAAUGAAGAUGGCACAAGUGUAUUACUUACAAAAACUUGGUUGGCAGGAGCAGAUGACUGGGGCGAUAACUUGAAUGAUAAUUCUUGUGAACACAAUGGAAAUAACAUGUUAUCAAAUGUUCCUAUUGAUUUUAAUCAUUCCAUGCAGUCUGCUAUUGGAAAAGAUUUUGUAGAUGAUUUUGCUGUAUUGCAAGUAGAUGAUCCAAAUGCAAAUAGCCCUGCAAGCAUAGAAUCUCCAAUUGGAGGAGCUGUAGGAAAAGUAGAUUCUUCUCAAGCAUCUGCAGAAAUAGAAGGCGAAGAAAGUGAAGUUGUAUGCAUUGAUACUCCUACACAGCCACAAUGUGACUUGGUCAGUUUAUUACAUGAAGUAACACCAUUUCCAAUACAGAUUGAAUCAAAUACAGAAGAGAAAUACUUUUUUACUGAAAUUUUUAUUUCUGUUGACGAAGAAGCUUCCAAUAUUGAUGUACCACAACAUGUUCGAGAGUUACUUUUAGAAUAUCAACAUACCAAACCAGAUGCAUCACCAACAUUUGUUCCAGAAUCUAAUGAUUCCAAAAAUGCUGGGACAGAUAUAGAAAAGUACGAAAAAAGUGUUCCAUUACAUGGAGAUGAAAUGUUCCAUAAUUUUAUCAGUCGCAUACAAGAUAAUCCUGGACAAUUGUUAAGAUACUGCAGAGAUAAUUCUGCAACUUUACUAUUAUAUCCUAUAAGUGGUUGUAUUGGGAAAUGUAGACAUUGUGGAGCAGAAAUGACUUUUGAAUUACAAGUGUUGCCAACACUUAUACCAAAACUAACAUUGCAACCACAAAAUGAGGAAAAUUUUCAAAUUGAAUUUGGUACAGUUCUGAUAUUCACAUGUUUAAAAAGUUGCUGGUCCUCGACUGAUUCAUACAGAGAAGAACAUAUUAUUGUUCAAGCAGAAAGAUUAUAGUGAUUAUGUUGUUUUAAUCAAUUCUAUAAAAUAGUAUGGAGAUAUAAUUUUGGUAAAAAUAUAGUAAUUUUAUUUCUAUAGAUAAAUACCGUCCAUAUAGUUUGAAAUGUCUGUAAUACAAUGAAAAUGUAUUGAAAAUUAUGACAGAUAUGCAUUUUAAAUAAUUUCUAAAAAAUUAAUGGAAAUACUAUAUAGAAAUUACAUAAUUAUCUUUGUGUAAACGACUAUUGACCUUUAACUUCACCAGAAUGUUGUGUAUUUAUUAAUUAUUUAUUAUAUUUUUAUGUGAUUUUUUGUAUAGUUUAUUUAUAAUAUUUUUAUGAUAAAAUAUGUUUAACUCUGCUUUUAUAAAAGACAACAUACUGUUUCUUCUUUUUUAGUUUCUCCACUUUUAAUUUUUCAUGAUAUAUUGUCCAAUUUUAGUUUUCCAAAAUUUAACAUAUUAAAGUACAAUAUUUUGAAAUAUUUUCUUAUAUUGAUUUUUCUUUGUGUGGCCAUUUAAUUUGAUUUUAAUAUAAUGCUUAUAAAAUUACCUAAUAUAUUAUAUACUAUAUAACAAACAUGAUAAGUAAUAUUAAAUAUAAUUCAAAGUAAUUGGAAUAUAAAAUACAAGAAAGAGCAUAUAAAAUUCGUAAACUAUAGAUUAUUUCCAAUAAUUAAUUUAACUCAAUCUUAUA